AUGGAAGUUUGUCUUCGUGAUCAGGCGCGCGACAUGGUGACAUGGCUACCGCGAGAGGCUGUUGGAGUUGUUGUGAGCGUGGAACUUGGGGGAGGCGCCUGUGUUGUCCGCUGGCGAUAUCAGAGGAGGACGUUGCUGUGCAGGACGGGCUACAAGGGUGUGUUCGAGCUCGAGCUUGUUGGGGCCCAGGCCAGCAAGUUUAUGAGAAGAGAAGAAGAAGAGAACGUGUCGAGCGUGCAGCGUGCAGUCCUAGAAGAUUCUCAAGCCGCUACCUCCCCGACCUCGUCGCAGCCCUUGCGCCGCUACUUCUCAGAUGCGGAGCUGCGAGUGAAGAACGUGGGAAGGAUUUCACGGAGAAUGUUCGGGACAACCUCGUGUGGGUUUCAAGACCCUGUCUUCCUCCCCUCCUGGCUGUCAAAGCGCUCAGAGAGUGUUCCCCUCCUCUCUCACGAGAGCAUGGAAGAUCCUGAGACCUGCAAGACACCCCAGCUGGAGCUAACGGCCAUGAGCCCCUCGCAGUUUGGAAGGCCGAAACUUCGACUAGGACGAGACGAGCUGAACGAGGAGCUGAGAAAGUUGCAGAGUCACGACGACGCGGCUUUUUCGAGCAACAGGAUGAGCUCAGGGGAGCUCGCGCUCGACCGCAUCGGCCAUCAUUCACUCAGGAAACUAUUCAAGGAGCGCAACUCUACCCACCGCGACCUCCUCACCUACUUCGGCCAUGGCAAGAAAUUUCCGGCGAAGAGAUGA